GGCUUUUAUAAAAGAGUUUCAUUGAAAAGGACCGACCAAGUUUUAUUGAUGUCCUACUUAUCUCUUCUGUAAAUUUAUUGUGUAUAAACACCAAAGUGACAACAGCUUUAUAGAAAUGAAAACUACAAAAGCUAAAAAGAGGAACCUUCUGCGUUCUGUGAGUUUUACUGAAUCCAGGCCAGUCAAAGUAUCAAAAGUCAGUGAGAAUGAUGAAAAUGCAAAUGCUGUGCUCUUUAAACAGGGUAGACCUGUUCUUCCUCCCAUUCGAAAGUAUGACUUUAAUUAUGAUCCUUGGCUCAAAAGUAAGCUGAUGACACACAGCAAAGUGAAAGAACAGCAUCAUACUUUGAUGAAAUACUAUCAGUGUCAGGCUCUCAAAGAAGCAAGAGAGGAGAAGAUGAGAUUCCAACAAUGUCAGCUUCGUAAAAAACACGAGGAAGAGCCCCCCCUUAGACCAGAGUUCAAACCCUCUGAGGAUCACUGCUUGAAGUUAAACUACCUGGCACUUAAAAAGUUUAUAUUGAAUACACCUGUUGCACCAAUGGACCGGACUUCGCAAGAAAAAAUUUUAAGGCUUAUACCAGAGAAAUUGCGCAUUGGCCCUGAAAAAGAUAAACAAAUUGCAGAGCUGUUUAAAGAAAUCAAUGAUAUGUUUGUAAAGAGUAUCCAGAGGUCUAACAUUCAGCACAUUCUAAUCAAGCCUGAAGUGAAAGGAUUAGAAACAGAAAAGGCUGGGCCUCCUCCUAGUGAACCUUUGGGACUCAACUUCAGAAGACCUUGGCACAAAGAAUAUUUAGAAAGAAGGAUGAAGAUCUUCCAGACUCUUAACCUUCUCAAUCCAACUCAUACUUCAGUGCUAGAGUUCUGCCAAUCUACAAUAGCUCAAUUGAAUUUGUUAGAUAUAUCAUCAUAUCGAUCAAUGGGUGUAAUCAAUCUAGAGGAAUUUAAAGAAUGCAUUGACAAAGAUUUUGUUAAUAGUGAGAGUAAAUUCAUGAAAAGCUGGUAUCCAAAAGUUAUAAACAUCUUCACCACAAACUUCAAGUCUUUGAACCUUGAUACACAGGAGAAGCUGGAGUCAUUUUACAAAAGUACAUCCACACUGUUGGGUAUCCAGAUGAAACAAAUGCUUGUAAGCACACUAAAGAAAUAUGAGAAACUGUUCAGGGAAGAAAAUUACCUUCAACUUCCCCAACUUCUUUUGAGCUUAGCACUGUCAGGAUCGCAGCUGGUAUACACCAACUCAGUAGAGGACGUUAUAGAAGCUGUGUUGUUCUAUGUCAAUAGACUUUGUGAAACUUUAAGAAGUGUUCCAACAGUCAGAUCUAAUUUAGAUUUUCAAGGGGAGGAUGAUUUUAUCGAUACGUCACUCUCCCCUCACAUUGUCAUGGAGAUAUGUAAAAAACUGGAGGGCCAUGUCCGAAGAUGCUAUUCAGAAGCAGAUGACCUGUUGAAAAAUCUGACGGAAACCUAUGGCCACAUAGUAAAUGGAAAGACAGGACAAGCCAUUGAAGCUUAUCUUCAGGAUGAGCACUCAUUUGCUGAACAUAAAGAGUACAUCAACCAAUUUUACAUACUGAUCUCUGAGAUCCAAAGCUUACCUUCAACUGAGAGCUUCAGCCUCCUCACUGUUUACUGCGAGGACAUGAAGACUGCUCUUGUAGAAAAAACAAGACAACUUUGCCAUGGGCUUCUAGUUGCAGUGAUAGAAGAGCACAAGAAUGAAAAUAUAAAUAUCUGCCGAAAGUUUGAACAUAUCAAAGAAAAGGCUGAGCAGAUACCCAGAACUACAGAAGAACUAUUCCAACUGGCCAACUUCAUGGAGAGAGCUCGAACAAAUGCCAUGACAACUCUCAGACUUCGAGUUCAGGAAUCAGCUAACAGAGUUAUGUACCUUAUUGACAGGUUUUUCUUUAGUGAAGAGGACAUGGAGAUGAACUCUCAAGUUUUGACAUGGCCUGAUAGGAUUAUUCCAAUAUUUGACAAUAAUGACUUGCUUCUUGAGGACACUAAGCGUUCAGGUGAAAUGAAACUACUUGAAGCACGCCAGAGGGUGAUCGUGGAACUGGAGCGUCUGAAGAAACGAGUGGAAGAAUUUAACGACUACGGAGAGCUGGACAUGAUCCAGCAAUACGUGCAGGACUCACGUACAGUACAGAGGAAACUAGUGGAACUUAAUCAGCAGAUGGAAUGGAUCCACAAGGAGGAGAUGCUGUACAAAUUCCCAGUGUCGGAGUACCCAGAGUGGGAACAGAUAGCCAUAGCUCUGGAACCAUUCUACAAAUUCUUCAAUGCAGUCCUCAAGUGGCAAAGAUGUGAAAAAAGGUGCAUGGAUGGCGACUUUUUGGAUCAAAAUGUCGAUGCUAUUGCUAGUGAGGUGGAUGAAUAUUCAAGAGAAUUUUUCAAAACGCAAAAAAUAUUUUCUCUCCGUUUGAAAAAAAUGCAGAUGGACUACGAUGACAGAGAAAGAGAAAUUAAGAAACAACAGAGAAUGGACAUCGCCGCUGGCAAGGAAGUGACCAUCCAAGACAUUGAGCCAUUCAGACCCCCAGAGAUCUUGGGCGUGAUUGACCACAUGUUCCAGAGUGUUACUGAGUUUAAGGAAGUCAUACCAGUGAUUGGCAUCAUGUGUAACCCUGGCCUGAGGAAGCGCCACUGGGAUGGCAUGUCAGAGAUUGCAGGGUUCAACCUAACACCCGAUGCUGGCACCACACUGAGAAAAGUCUUGAAGCUGGAGCUGGAGCCCUUCAUGGAACAAUUUGAAGCCAUUUCUGUCUCAGCCACCAAGGAAUUCUCCCUGGAGAAAACAUUCCGCAAGAUGACCAGUGAGUGGGCGGAGGUUUCGUUCACCCUCAAUGUUUACAAAGACACAAGCCUGCGGAUCCUGGGAGGAGUGGAUGACAUCCAGACAAUGCUGGAUGACCACAUCAUCAAGACGCAGACCAUGAGAAACUCACCAUUUGUCAAACCUUUUGAGGAGGAUGUUAAGGUUUGGGAAGAAACACUGCUACACACGCAGAAAGCGAUUGACGAAUGGCUGAAAAUGCAAGCCCAGUGGCUAUAUUUAGAACCCAUCUUCUCCUCCGAGGACAUCAACAACCAAAUGCCAGAGGAAGGAAGAAUGUUCCAAACUGUGGACCGCAACUUUAAGGAUGUCAUGUUCAAAUGCAGUAAAAACCCACAUGUUUUGGAAGCUUGCGGCACUGUUGGUGUCCUAGAAAAACUGAUAGACAGUAACGUCUUGUUGGACAAAAUCAACAGGGGACUCAAUGCAUAUCUGGAAAAGAAGAGAUUGUUCUUUCCCAGGUUCUUUUUCCUCUCCAAUGAUGAAAUGCUGGAGAUUCUCUCUGAGACCAAGGAUCCCCUGCGUGUGCAACCCCACCUGAAGAAAUGUUUUGAAGGCAUCGCCAAACUUGACUUUGAUGCCGAGCUGGUCAUCCACGGGAUGUUCAGUGGGGAGGGGGAGAACGUCCAGUUCUCCUACACCGUAGACACCAACGAGGCCAAGGGGUCAGUGGAGAGAUGGCUGCUGCAAGUCCAGGACUGUAUGAUUGUCUCAGUCAGGGACGUCAUUGAGGAGGCCAUUGAGGAAUAUUUGAACACAACAAGAAAGGCGUGGGUCCAGGAAUGGCCUGGGCAGGUGGUCAUCUGUGUGGGGUCAAUCUACUGGACACAGGAAGUGCAUGAGUCCAUCGUCAUGGGAGCAGAAGGUCUGACCGCCUAUCACAAGGUACUGCAGGACCAGCUGAAGGACAUUGUGGACUUGGUCAGGGGUAAACUGACCACCCAGCAGAGAAUCACACUAGGGGCUCUUGUUGUUAUAGACGUCCAUGCCAGGGACGUGGUCAGUGAGAUGGCCAAAAAAGGUGUGUCUGCUGAAAAUGACUUUGCCUGGCUGUCCCAGCUCAGGUACUACUGGGAGGAGGCCAACUGCUGUGUUCGUAUCACCAACGCCACUGUUAAAUAUGCGUACGAAUACCUGGGUAAUUCAGGGCGCCUUGUCAUAACACCACUGACAGACAGGUGCUACCGCACUUUGAUCGGAGCCUUUUACCUGAACUUGAAUGGCGCGCCUGAAGGUCCAGCAGGGACAGGGAAGACGGAAACAACCAAAGAUUUAGCCAAAGCUUUAGCUGUGCAGUGUGUGGUGUUCAACUGUUCGGAUGGCUUAGAUUACAUCGCCAUGGGCAAAUUUUUUAAAGGUCUGGCAUCAUCAGGAGCAUGGGCUUGCUUUGAUGAAUUUAACAGAAUUGACCUUGAGGUGCUCUCUGUUGUAGCACAACAGAUCCUUUGCAUUAUCCGAGCCGUGCAGGGAAAAGUUGAAACUUUUGUAUUUGAAGGGACAGAACUGAAGCUCAACCCUAACUGCUACGUGUGCAUCACCAUGAACCCUGGCUACGCUGGGAGGUCUGAGCUACCAGACAACUUGAAAGUGCUAUUUCGCACUGUGGCCAUGAUGGUGCCAGAUUACGCUAUGAUUUCUGAAAUCUCCUUGUACUCGUUUGGAUUCCUAACUGCCAGGGACAUGGCAGUGAAGAUUGUGACCACGUAUCGCCUGUGUUCGGAGCAGCUCUCAUCACAGUACCAUUACGACUACGGCAUGAGAGCUGUCAAGUCUGUCCUCUCAGCUGCUGGCAAUCUCAAGCUGAAAUACAGAGCAUUGGAGGAGGACAUAUUGAUUCUGCGCUCUAUCAUUGAUGUCAAUCUCCCCAAAUUUCUGGCGCAUGAUGUGCCACUGUUCAAUGGCAUCAUCUCUGACCUGUUCCCUGGCCUAAAGCUGCCGUCUGCUGACUAUGAACAGUUUAUCGAUGCCAUGCGCAGGGUUAGCAUCAAAAACAACUUACAAUUUGUACCUUUCUUUGAAGAAAAAAUCAUUCAAACUUACGAAAUGAUGCUGGUGCGACAUGGGUUUAUGCUGGUGGGUGAACCAUUUGGUGGUAAAACCAAGGUGCUACAAACCCUGGCUGAGGGAAUGUGCCUGCUGCGAGAUGAAGGCAGUGAGGACUACGAGGGUGUGGUCUACUGCAUCAUAAACCCCAAGGCCAUCACUAUGGGUCAGCUGUACGGGCAGUUUGAUCCGGUAUCCCAUGAGUGGUCAGAUGGUAUAACUGCCACAUCCUUUCGAGAGUACGCAGUGUCGGUGAGCCCAGAUCGCAAGUGGGUCAUCUUUGACGGGCCUAUCGACGCCGUGUGGAUAGAAAACAUGAACACGGUCCUGGAUGACAACAAGAAGCUCUGCCUGAUGAGCGGCGAGAUCAUCCAAAUGUCCAGCGUCAUGACAAUGGUCUUUGAGACCAUGGAUUUGUCGCAGGCUUCGCCUGCGACUGUGUCCAGAUGUGGCAUGAUCUACCUGGAACCCUCGACCCUAGGCUGGAGACCCCUGGUCCAGUCCUGGCUCAACACGUUACCUCCAUUCCUGACCCCUGACAUCCCCCAGCACAUCAACCUCCUACUGGAGUGGCUCAUCCAGCCCUGCAUUGAUUUUGUGAGGCACAACCUCAAGGAGUACAUCCCAGCCAGCCACUCCAACCAAGUGGUGUCACUCCUAAGUUUUAUUGACAUGCAGCUGCAUGAAGUUCUCAGCUUAGAAAGUGCCAAAACCAACAAACAUUUGAAAGCUUAUUACUACGGCGCUGUAAUGUUUGCUAUUCCUUGGACCAUCGCUGGGUGUGUGGAUAAUGAUAGCAGGAAAAAAUUCCAUGAGUUCUACUAUGCUGUACUUGAUGGUAAAAACCCAGAGUUCCCAGUCCCAGAUGAAAUCAAGAAGAUAGAAGUCAUGUACCCACCAGAGAACACAGUCUUUGAUUACUUCUAUGAUCUAAAAGGCAAAGGCUCAUGGAUGCACUGGAAUGUUUUGAUCAAGCACACGGAGAAGGAGGGCCACAAGCCCAACAUCAGGGAAAUGCUGGUGCAGACUUUAGACACGGCUCGCUACAGCUACAUGAUGGAUCUCCACAUCGCUUCUGCCAGACCACUCUUGUUUGUGGGGCCCACUGGCACAGGGAAAAGUGCUUAUGUUUCCAAGAAGAUGAUGCACGACCUCCCACAGGACAAGUUCAUUGGCUCCAUCAUCACGUUCUCUGCUCAGAGCAGCGCUAAUCAAACUCAGGAUAUCAUCAUGUCCAAGCUAGAUCGACGUCGCAAAGGAGUGUUUGGCCCUCGUAUUGGUAAAAAAUGUAUCAUGUUUAUAGAUGACAUGAGCAUGCCCAUGAAGGAGGUGUACGGAGCCCAACCACCCAUUGAAUUACUCAGACAGUUUGUAGACCACGGACACUGGUACGACCUAAAAGACACGUCCAAAAUAACUUUGGUCGACCUCCAGUUUCUGGCCGCCAUGGCCCCCCCAGGAGGGGCAAGGAACUCCGUGACCCCGAGAUUUACCCGCCACUUUUCAAUCGUUUCCAUGAAUGCUUUUAGUGAUGACACUAUGACGAAGAUAUUUAAUACAUUAAUGACCACCCACCUUAAGCUAGAAGACUUUGCCAUGGAGUACUUGUCAAUGUCCACCUUGGUGGUGACCUGCACCAUGGAGGUGUACAAGGGCGCCAUGAGCACCCUGCUGCCCACGCCCAGCAAGUCUCACUACGUCUUUAACCUGAGGGACUUUGCCAGGGUCAUCCUCGGAGUUUGUUUGAUUCACAAGAAAGACGUACAAGAUAAAACAGUACUGGCACGCUUGUGGGUUCAUGAAGUAUUCCGAGUGUUUUAUGACAGACUAACAGAUAACGCAGACCGCAACUGGUUGUACACACUGGUCUGUAACCUGGUUGGUACUCACAUGAAGUAUAAAGUUGACCAGAUAUUUUCUCACCUUUUAACCCCAGAGGAUCGAGGCAAAGUGAAAGAGAGCACCUUAAGCAACCUGAUGUUUGGAGACUACAUGGACCCCGACCUGCCCCCAGACAUGAGGUCCUACCAGGAGGUCCUCUCCCUCGAGGACUUCAACACCAUCGCCCUCAACUACCUCGACGACUACAACCAGACCCACAAGAACCCCAUGAAUCUGGUCAUAUUCAGGUAUGUACUGGAACACCUGUCCAGAAUCUGCCGUAUCCUGCGCCAACCUGGCGGCAAUGCUUUACUGGUGGGGGUGGGUGGCAGUGGCCGUCAGUCACUGACACGACUGUCAACUGCCAUGGCAGGGUUCAAGCUUUUCCAGCCUGAGAUUUCUAAGAGCUACGGCAUGAACGAGUGGAGGGAUGACAUCAAGAAUGUCCUACGCCAAGCUGGAGGCAAGGGAAUCCCAACAACAUUUCUCAUCACAGACACCCAGAUCAAAUACGAGACUUUCCUUGAAGACAUUGACGCACUGCUCAACUCUGGGGAAGUGCCCAAUCUUUUUGCAGCUGAUGAAAAAGCAGAAAUCAUGGAAGCAGUUCGAGUCAGUGCAGCCAAAGCUACAGGAGACAAGAACGCAGAGUUAAGCCCCUUGGCUCUGUUUGCAUAUUUUGUUAGCCAGAGCCGAGCCAACCUGCACAUCAUCAUUGCCUUCAGCCCCAUCGGAGAUGCUUUCCGCAACAGGCUGCGCUUGUUUCCAUCUUUGAUCAACUGUUGUACCAUUGAUUGGUUCCAGGCUUGGCCAGAGGAUGCCUUGGCCAGGGUGGCCCACACGUUCCUGGAGAAUGCUGAGAUUGAGAGCAGGAUGAAAGAGGACAUUGUCACCAUUUGCAAGUUCUUCCACCAGAGUAUCAUCAACCUGACAGUCAGGUUCAAGCUUGAGCUGGGUCGAGAGAUUUAUGUCACGCCAACCUCCUACCUAGAGCUGAUUUAUUCCUUCAAGAAUUUGCUCAAGUCCAAGCAAGACGAGACAAUGAGAGCCAAAAGAAGAUACGUGGUGGGGUUAGAGAAAUUAGCUUUUGCUGCCUCACAGGUCGCCACCAUGCAAAUAGAAUUGGAAGAGUUGCAGCCCCAGCUGGUGACGUCUGCAGCAGAGACAGAGAAGAUGAUGGAGAUCAUCGGCAAGGAGUCCAUCGCAGUGGAGGAGACCAGCAAGAAGGUCAAGGCUGAUGAAGCUGUAGCCAAUGAGGCAGCAGCUGAGGCCAAGGCCCUGAAGGAUGAGUGCGAAACUGAGCUAGCUGAAGCUCUGCCUGCACUAGAGGCUGCCCUGUCUGCCUUGGAUACACUCAAGCCAGCAGACAUCACCAUUGUGAAAUCAAUGAAGAGUCCACCGUCUGGUGUCAAACUGGUCAUGGCAGCCGUCUGCGUCAUGAGGAGCAUCCCACCACAGAAAAUAAAUGACCCAAAUGACUCUAGUAAAAAGAUACUGGACUUCUGGACACCAAGUAAAAAAUUACUCAACGACCUCAACUUCCUCAACGACCUGAAAAGCUAUGACAAAGACAACAUCCCUGAAGCUGUUAUGACGACCAUCAGAAAACAGUAUCUCACUAACCCAGAGUUUGACCCCAAGCAGGUCGCCAAGGCCUCUUCAGCAGCAGAAGGUUUAUGCAAGUGGAUUCUAGCUAUGGAGAUCUAUGACAGGGUGGCCAAAGUUGUGGCCCCCAAGAAACAAAAGUUGAAACUGGCUGAAGAUGAUCUCUCCACACUGAUGUCCACGCUAAACAAGAAACGUGCGGAGCUGGCGGCCGUGGAGAAAAAGUUAGCCGACAUGACACAGGCACUACAGGAGAUGAAGGACAAGAAAGAACACCUGGAAUAUUCUGUGGACUUGUGUAACAAAAAACUGGUGCGAGCAGAGAAACUGAUUGGAGGUCUGGGGGGCGAGAAAACCCGCUGGACCGAGGCGUCUGUCCAACUGCAGGAGAUCUACGACAACCUGAUAGGGGACAUAAUCAUCUCUGCUGGGGUCAUAGCCUACCUCGGACCUUUCACCACAUCAUUUCGUGACGAGAUGACCAAAUCUUGGGUCAAGGAAUGCCAGAAAAAGAAAAUCCCAGCUUCAACUGAAUUCUCCCUGACGAGGACUUUGGGAGAGCCAAUCAAAAUCCAGGCCUGGAACAUUGCAGGUCUGCCGCGUGAUGCGUUCUCUGUUGAUAAUGGUGUCAUAGUGGCUAACUCUAGAAGAUGGCCCCUAAUGAUUGACCCUGAUGGUCAAGCCAACAGAUGGGUAAAAAACAUGGAGAGAGAAAAGAACCUGGCCGUCAUUAAACUUUCAGACCACGACUACGGGAGAGUUCUAGAGAACUGCAUAGGGUUUGGGUUCCCUCUACUCCUGGAGAAUGUCUACGAGGAACUGGAUGCCUCGCUGGAGCCACUUCUGCUCAAGCAGACGUUUAAACAAGGUGGUGUUGAUAUGAUCAUGAUGGGUGACCAAGCCCUAGAGUACAACAAAGACUUCAGGCUGUACAUCACAACCAAACUGAGGAACCCGCAUUACCUGCCUGAGAUCUCCACCAAAGUUUCUCUCCUCAACUUCAUGAUCACACCAGAGGGCCUAGAGGACCAGCUGCUGGGCAUUGUUGUUGCCAAGGAGAGACCAGAACUGGAGGAAGAGAGACAACUGCUGAUCAUCACUAGUGCAGCUAACAAGAAGCAACUCAAAGAAAUUGAGGACAAAAUUCUGCACACUCUCUCAUCCUCCGAAGGGAAUAUUCUAGAAGACGAGUCAGCCAUUGAAAUCCUAGACUCAUCCAAAAUCUUGUCUAAUGAAAUUUCUAAGAAACAAAAAAUUGGUGAAGAGACGGAAAAAAAGAUUGACGUGUCGAGAGCAGGCUACAGACCCAUCGCAAACCACUCAUCCGUCCUGUUCUUCUCCAUCACUGAACUCCCUAGCAUUGACCCCAUGUACCAAUAUUCUCUCAACUGGUUCGUCAAUCUCUUCAUCUUGUCAAUCCAGGAGAGCAAUAAAUCAAAGCAACUGGACAAGAGGAUCCGCUUCUUGGCUGACCACUUCACCUACAGCUUGUAUUGUAAUGUGUGCCGGUCACUCUUUGAGAAAGACAAGCUGGUCUUCUCAUUUAUAUUGUGCUCAAAUAUACUCAGAUCCAAGAAUGAACUAGACCACCGUGAAUUUUUAUUCUUCCUGACUGGGGGUGUGGCUCUAAAGAACACUAUACACAAGCCAGACAAGGACUGGCUCAGUGAGAACAGCUGGGAUGAAAUCUGUCGUCUCAAUGACAUGAAAGAUUUUGGGGGCUUCAGAGAUAGCUUCACACAGCACUUAGAGUUCUGGGAAAAUUACUACAACUCCAAAGAACCAAAUAAAGUGGCCCUGCCAGACCCAUGGCACACCAAACUUGGAAGUUUCCAGAAGUUGAUGGUACAACGCUGCAUUCGUCCUGAUAAGAUAUCUCAAGCCAUUGUUGAGUUUGUGGUGGAGAAGCUGGGUAAAAUAUUUGUGCAACCUCCACCUUUUGACCUGGCUAAGAGCUACAACGACUCCAAUGCCUGCUCCCCCCUCAUUUUCAUCCUCUCCCCUGGUGCUGACCCCACCAUGGCCUUACUGAAAUACGCUGAUGACAAAGGCUUUGGGGGGAAAAAGUUCAACUCCAUUUCACUUGGACAGGGGCAGGGGCCUAUAGCUGCUAAGAUGAUAAAAAUAGCAUCAGAGGAAGGCACUUGGGUCCUACUACAGAACUGUCAUCUGGCUGUUUCAUGGAUGAAUGCCCUAGAAAAAAUUUGUGAAGAGUUUUCCCCAGAAAAUGUUGCCACUGAUUUCAGACUUUGGUUAACGAGCUACCCAUCACCAAAGUUCCCUGUCUCAGUGCUACAGAACAGCGUGAAGAUGACCAAUGAACCACCAACAGGGCUGCGCCAGAACCUGCUGCAGAGUUACCUCAACGAUCCAAUCAGUGACGAGACUUUUUACAGUGGCUGUAGCAACCACUUGAAGCCAGACAAAGAUGGGCAUUUCACCAAACUUUUGUUUGGUCUGUGUUUCUUCCAUGCCCUGGUACAAGAGAGAAGAAAAUUUGGCCCCAAUGGAUGGAAUAUUGCAUACGGCUUUAAUGAAUCAGAUCUUAGAAUAUCUAUACGACAGCUUCAGAUGUUCAUCAAUGAAUACGAUGAGCUGCCGUUUGAUGCCAUCACGUACAUGACUGGAGAGUGUAACUACGGGGGUCGAGUCACAGACGACUGGGACAGGCGCUGUCUGAUGACCAUCCUAGGGGACUUCUUCUGUGAGCCCAUCAUCUUUGACCCCAACUACAAGUUCAGCAGCAGUGGACACUACCACCUGCCCCUGCGGACAGACUAUGAGAACUGCGUCAAGUUCAUUAAGCAACUGCCCACAGCCCAGUACCCGGAAGUGUUUGGUCUGCACGAAAACGUUGACAUCUCCAGAGAGCUGCAAGAGACCAAGAUGCUGUUUGAUGCCGUCCUGUUGACCGAGGGUCAAGGAGGAGGGGCAUCCAAAUCUUCAGAGGCUGCCCUAGCAGCUGUAGCAGGAGAUAUUUUGGGCAAGCUUCCCAAAGAUUUUGAUAUAGAAGCAGCUAUUCACAAGUAUCCUGUUACCUAUGGAGAAAGCAUGAACACUGUCUUGGUGCAGGAAAUGGAGAGAUUUAACAGGUUGCUGGUCAUCAUCCGCUCCAGCCUCAUCAACGUCCAGAAAGCCCUGAAAGGUCUGGUGGUCAUGUCUGCUGACCUUGAGAGUCUGGCCUCCAGUCUGAUGCUGGGCAAGCAGCCGGCCAUGUGGGCCAAACGUUCCUACCCGUCCCUUAAACCACUGGCCAGCUAUGUCAACGACUUCCUCGAUAGACUGGGAUUCCUGGAGAAAUGGUACAAUGAAGGAAAACCUCAGGACUUUUGGGUCUCUGGGUUCUUUUUCACUCAAGCCUUUUUGACAGGGGUCAUGCAGAACUAUGCCAGAAAAUACACCAUUCCCAUUGACAAACUUGCCUUUGAUUUUGAGUUGUUGCCUCACGAUCGUAUGCCUAAAGCUCCAGAUGAUGGCGCCUACAUUUAUGGACUCUUUUUAGAUGGAGCUCGAUGGAGUAGAGAAGAGGGUUGCCUGGAAGAACAGAAGCCCAGGGUGUUGUUUGAGCCUAUCCCAAUCAUUUGGCUCAAGCCUAAAUACAGCGAGGAAAUCGACCGCAGUGCCAAGCGCUACAUGUGCCCCAUCUACAAGACAUCAGAACGUAAAGGUGUCUUGUCCACCACCGGACACUCCACCAACUUCGUCAUCGCCAUCUACCUGUCUGCAGGUAAGAUGCCUGUCCAGCAUUGGAUAAAGCGCUCAUGUGCGGCUCUUUGUCAGACAGACAACUAAAUGUUGUCUAUGUCAAUACUAAUUUUUCAGUUUCUUCAGUUCUAUAGCAAAUAUUAGUUUUACUAUCAUGCUAACUUUAAAGUCUAAGAGUGUGGAUUAAAUUAGCUAUUUUUAAACCCUUCAAACAGAAAUUGUGUAUAUACUGAACAAGAGAAUACAUUAAACUUAUUAUACUCAUUAUUUUAUCUGUUGAAAAGUGCAAUGUAAAAUGCUGAUGGCACAGUGCAAUGCUGAUUUUAAUCAUUUACAAUUUCUAAACCAAAUUUUUAAAAUGUUAUUUUACCCCUGUAAAGAAUUUUACAACAUAAGCCUGAAAUUAUGUAUUAUAUUUAUUAUAUCAUGAUUAAUUAAUUUGCCCCUAAUAUGU